GUUAGGUGACCAUGACUUAACCGAGGUAUUGUUGGAAGAGGUAGGUCUUCAGCCUGCGGUGGAAGAUGUCUAGGCUGUCUGAUGUUGAUGGGGUGCUCGUUCCACCAUUUGGGAGCCAGGACAGAGCUGAUACAGAACCCCUCCAAGUUACACGAAAGGUUCGGUCCUUGAGAAUCCUUGAGGAUCUGGUGAUCCACAGUGUCAAAAGCCACAGAAAGGUCAAGUAGAACCACCACAGGUGAGAGAGAAGCUGCUUUCGCCUUGUGAAGCUGUUCAGUCACAGCGGGAAGGGCAGUCUCUGUUGAGUAGCCCUUCUUAAAACCACACUGGUGGGGGUCAAGGAGCUUGUUCCCAUGCAGAUAGGAGGAUAGUUGAUUAAAGACAGACCGUUCCAGAGUUUUGGAGAGGAAUGGCAGGAGAGAGACAGGUCUGUAGUCUUUUUUGACUACAGUAUAGUGUCUAUAGUAUAGUGUCUUUUUUGUCAUUUUAUAUAUUUUAGUCAUUUUGUAUACUUUUGUAGUUUUUUUGAUAGUUUUGAGUCUCUUUAAAAAAAAAUGGUUUUAGUAAUUGUGUGUCUUUUGCAGUAGAUUUGUCUUUUUUAUAAAUUAAAAAAAAUAAUCUCUUUUUUCAGUUAUUUUGUGUAUUUUGGUCAUUUUGUGCCUUUUUUGAUAGCGCUGUUAUUUUAUUCAAUUGUUUUUGGUAAAUUUGUGUCCUUUUGUAUUCAUUUUGUGUCUGUUUUUAGUAAUUUAGUGCCUUCUGCAGUUGAUUUGUGUCAUGUAAUGUUGUGCCUUUUUGGGUCAUUUUGUAGUUGUUUUGUGUCUUUUUAUGGUAUUUUUGUGUCUUUUUUGAUCAUUUUGUAUCUCUUUUUGGCCAGUUUGUGUUUUUUGUGGUAAUUUAAUGUGAUUUUGUUGUCAUUUUGUGUUUUUUUUUUUGUGUCUCUUUCAGGGAUUUCAUUUGAUUUCAUUCAUAUGAGUAUAAGUAAUUUAAUUUAGCUAAUAAUCUGUUCCGAGGCUGUUGAGGAGGCUGAAUGUGUCCUUAGACAUGGCCUUCACUGUCGGUGUUAUCUCCUGUGAAUUUCCCUGCCUGCUUAUUGACAAAGGCAGCUAGAUACACUCACACUUCAUUAUGGAGAGCAGUGACAUCAGCGAGUCGGUGGGUUACCAGGAUACCUGGAGAGAGGCAGCGUCCAUCCAAUUAGACACAAGAAGAAGAAAAAGAAACAGGCUCCAGAUCAGCUGCCAGAUUAAUUGUUUUCAGACGGAGCUGCUGUUGCUUCAGUCGGUCUGCUGACACUCUGAGAAACAGCUGGAAAACUACAACACACACAGAUUUGAAGCCAAACAAACGCCAAGAUGUCGGAGAAAAAGAUGUCAUCUAGUCGAAAGCAUCAUCUUAAGAGUUUGAUGCUGUCCAUCGCCAAAGGUUUACUGGAGGACGAGGAGAGGGAGCGAGAGGAGGAGAGGGAGAGGUACAUGGCAGAGAACUGUCCUCCUGUCAACAUGCCCAGAAACAUGCAGGAGCUGCAGGAGCUGUGCAGAGAGAUCAACCACAAGAUUGACAAGAUUGACGAGGAGCGAUAUGACCUGGACAUGAAAGUCAAUAAAUCCAACAAGGAGAUCGACGACCUGAAGAUCAAAGUUCAGGACCUCAUGGGCAAGUUCAAGAAGCCCGUCCUGAGGAAAGUGCGUAUGUCUGCUGACGCCAUGCUGAAGGCUCUGCUGGGCUCCAAACACACGGUCAACCUGGACCUGAGGGCCAACCUGAAGCAGGUCAAGAAGGAGGUCAAAGAGGAGGAUAAGGAACUGCGAGACGUCGGUGACUGGCGUAAAAACAUUGAAGACAAAGCUGGCAUGGACGGAAGGAAGAAGAUGUUUGAGGCUGAGGCCUAACUCUAAGUCUUACCUGCUUUAAAGCUGCAAUGUUUAUAGUCCUUCAUUUUCUUUGACUCGAUCAUUACACAGACUGUUAGAAAAAUAAUAAAUACAUUAAAUAUUUAUUAAACUACCUUGUGAGCUGCAAAAACUUCAACUGAAUA